AAAUCCUCUGCUAUAUCACACACCGCCGCAAUCUUCCGUCUUCCUCUACCUGUAUCUGUAUCUGUAUCUGCCCCGUCGGUCGUCUUCCUCUUCCUCUUCGUAUUUCCUUCCCUGUCUUUGCCUUUUGGUUCCAACAGUGAACUGUGGGUGGCUGCCUUUUCGAGGUCUAAACAGAACGGCUUAGCGCCAACAAUUCCGGCAGGCUACAGAGAUUGAUUCGCUGCAGGUAGGCCUCGUAUGGCCGCAAUGGCAUUUCUAAGGCCCGUGAGCAGAUUCCAUGGACCAAAAAUCGACGCCCUGAAAUGCACUUUGUAUGUCCAGAGAAGGAUAUUAUCUGGCGGAGGCGGAGGUGGUCGAAUUAACACUAGCGAUUCAACAGUACCAGUUUUAAUUGUUGGCGCAGGUCCUGUUGGCCUCGCCCUCUCUUAUUUUCUCAACAAUUUAGGGGUAAAAUGCACAAUUGUUGAGAAAAGAAAAGCCUUUUCACAACAUCCUCAAGCUCACUUCAUUAACAAUCGAUCAAUGGAGAUAUUUAGGAAAUUAAAUGGCUUGGCGGAUGAGAUUUUAAGGCAUCAACCACCCGUCGAUUGGUGGAGGAAGUUUAUAUACUGCUCCUCGCUCACGGGUCCAAUACUUGGUUCUGUUGAUCAUAUGCAAUCACAAGAUUUUGACAAAGUUGUGAGCCCAGUAUCGGUUGCCCAUUAUUCACAGUAUAAACUUAUGAGGUUGCUAAUUAAACACCUUGAGGACAUUGGGUUUCAAGUUACGGACAAGACAAUGAAUACCAGUGAAUUUGAACUUGCCGAAAAACAAAUAGUAAUGGGCUGUGAAUGCACAUCUAUCGACAUUUCUGAUGGUGGUGUAACAGUGACUGGACAUCUAGCAAGGGAGGGAAAGCACAUAACCAAAGAUUUUCCAUGUAAUUUCGUUGUUGGCGCAGAUGGUGCAGGAAGUGUGGUUAGAAAAUUGAUGGGAAUACAGAUGAGAGGCGAGCAAGACUUGCAAAGGCUUAUCAGUGUACACUUUACAAGUCUCGAUCUUGGACAGUACUUGAUAAAUGAGAGGCCGGGAAUGCUGUAUUUUAUCUUUAAUACAGAAGCCAUAGGUGUCAUUGUUGCUCAUGAUUUGGAGCAAGGAGAAUUUGUGUUGCAAGUACCUUUUUAUCCUCCUCAGCAGAAGUUUGAAGAUUUUAGCUUCGGGAUGUGUGAGAAAUUAAUCCUCAAUCUGGUUGGCCGAGAGCUUGCAGACCUAAAUGUCUUGGAUGUAAAGCCUUGGGUGAUGAAUGCAGAAGUUGCUGAUACUUUCUUAGGUGGUAAUAACCGAGUAAUACUUGCCGGGGAUGCUGCUCAUCGCUUCCCUCCUGCUGGUGGCUUCGGAAUGAACACCGGCAUCCAGGAUGCUCAUAAUCUUGCCUGGAAGCUGGCCUCUGUAAUAAAGGGAAUCUCACCACCGACAGUGCUUUCUACAUACGAGACUGAGCGUAAGGAGAUUGCAGUUUAUAAUACAACCCUAAGUGUAAAAAAUUUUAAAGCAGCAAUAGCUGUCCCAGCAGCUCUAGGUCUUGAUCCAAGUAUUGCUAACUCAGUUCAUCGCUCUUUGAAUGGUACUCUUGGCUCCAUCCUACCUUCCGGCGUGCAAAAGACUAUUUUAGACGGAAUUUUCAGCAUAGGGCGUUUGCAGCUUUCCAAUUCUCUUUUGAAUGAGAAUAAUCCUCUCGGGUUUUCAAGGCUUUCUAAACUUAGACGUAUAUUUGAAGAAGGAAAAAGCCUCCAACUCCAGUUUCCUGCCGAAGAUCUUGGUUUCAGGUAUUCUAAAGGAGCAUUGGUACCGGACAAUAAUAGUUCAUUGGGUGCACAAGAAUUCCCAACUGGGCGUAGGAGGGAGUAUGUUCCCUCCUCGGUUCCGGGAUCAAGAUUGCCUCAUAUGGAAAUUCAACUUUUUUCGAAAUUUCCAAGUGAGGGUGCCGCCAUGUCUACAUUAGACCUUGUUUCUAGUAAUAAAAUCGAGUACCUUCUCAUGAUACCGCCUAUCAAAGAGUCAUAUGAGUUGGCUCGAGCUGCAUUUAAGGUGGCCGAGGAUUAUAAAGUAUCACUGAAAGUAUGUGUAAUGUGGCAAGAACAAACAAGUGGUGGAAUUCACAGCAGCGAAAAUGCAGUCUUGCCAUGGACUAAUGUUGUCGAUGUCAUCCAAGUGAGGAAGCGCUCGGAUUCAUCGCCUUCAUGGUGGGAUCUGUGUGGGAUGAGUGAUAGAGGUGCUAUUUUAGUUAGGCCCGACGAGCACAUUGCUUGGCGAUGUUCGAAAGUGGAAGUUAGGGAAGAUCCUGUCUUGAUUCUUAGAGGAGUUUUUCGUGCUUUGCUGGGAUGGGAUGGGAUGAGAUCGACCGGCGUAAGUAACGCGUAAGUCUUUGCAAUAACCAUACUUGAAAUAGUGAUUUUUUCUUCUUGUUUUGGAACAUACAUAUAUAUAUAUAUACAUAUGUACAACAUUGCUCAAUUUAAAAUUAAUUGUUGACGCAUAUGUGUAUAAUAAAAAAAUGUGUUGUUUGUCCCCUAA